AGCGUCAAUGAGUUGUUUGACUCCUAGUUCUUCCUCUGUCUUGGUGAACAAGAGUACUGACAGUGUGCUGUAUACUGUACCAGAUGAGUCCAUAGUCCUGAAAAAUGCCAGUCUGCAAGCGUUCACCAUAGUCAAGAAGAUCCUUGUGACUCUUAGCCUUCACAAGUCUGUCUGGAGUUUUGAUCUCUACGAAGAGCCUGGAUCCAGACCCCUUCAUAAACUUGCAUGUUUCCAGGUUAUAACUCUAAACGCAUGCUGUUUAAGCAUAACAAAGAAAGAUAAAAGUGUUGGUUCACCUCCAGUACUGACUUGCAUCUACCCUGAAGACUCCACAUCAGUCAGCACUCACCAAUCUGACCUUCAUCCUCAUCUUGAGCCCCAUCUUUUCAGGCUCUUAUUUGGAGUGGACGCUUUAGUAAAUUCUCCAGUCAUUCUGUGUGGUUUACCUGAUGGACGUAUUUGCUGCUUUCCUUUGCUCGUCCCCACCCUGGCUGGUCCAAGAGGAGAACAGAGAUCUCCAGUCAGAGUCCUUCAGAGCUUAGAGCAGCCAGUCGUAUUUAUUGGAACCUGCAUCUGUGGAGAACGUGGACCUCAGUGUCUUGUUGCAGUUGGUCAAAGAGGCAAACUUCUAAUGGUCAAAAGCAAACAAACAAACUUGGAAGGGAAAAAGGCAGAUUAUAGCUUCAAUGAACAUAGUGUACGAGGACCAGUGCUGUGUGCCUGUGUUGAUGAUAAGUGGCUGUACUACAGCUCUCUCAAUGAUCUGCAUGCUCUUCAGCUCACCACAGCAUCAUCUUCAUCAGAAGAAACAGGAAUUGAGUCCCAACUGCAAGCUCUGACCUCAGACAGUCUUGGUGUAUGCAGGGUUAUAGCACUUGCUGGACCAUAUACUAACUCCACAGGAUCUGUGCAGCUUUUGGCAGUAUCUUUGAGUGGAAGACUGCUUUGUGUGAACUUUCCUCAAGGAUCUGAAAUGUUCCCAGCAUGUGACGUGGGCUCCAAACUUCCACUCAGCUGUCGUGGUGUAGCCAGAUUGAGCUCAUUGCUCCAAAGAGACUCGUUGACUCUAACGUGUGUGCUUGAAAAUUCAAGUGGAUGUACAUUGGAACAUGGCUGGACUUUGUGCAUUCAGGUCCACCCAUUAUCCAAGGGUCCAAAUAUGGAGGGCUCAUCUAGGACGUACUCAUUCCCAUUCAAGAAACUGGAUUCUGGUCAGAAACUGGAUGUAACCAUUCCUCUUGAAAGCACUGGUGGGCUGUCUCUGCCAGUGAAAGUCUACUGUUCUCUCACCUUCUCCCUAUCUGCUCUGUUUAGUCCUGAAGCAUCUUCCCUAGGUGUUUCUCAGCUCCUGACAGAGACGGGCUCCAUCAGUGCACCUUUGAGUACUUUAACAGUGGACUGGCUUGAUGCUUUAAGGUUAGAGGGAUCAUUUUCUCAUGGUAACAUCAGACACAAUACGGUCACGGAUGGCAUCCAAGCCUUCCUGCAUUCCAGAGGAGUGUUAACCAAGGAUUCUGAUACUACUACCAAGUCAGGACCCAUCACAGUGAUGGUCAGGGUAUCAUCAGAGCUUCUAAAGACCAAACUGCACUUCUCAGCAACCAGGAGUUUUUUUACUAUCUUCUACAGGGCAGAAUCCUUGAAACACAGACUUCAGGAGAAAAAUCCGUAGGUACAAAGUCCACUGAUUUGUGCCUACAGCCCAGAUGGAUGCUCUGUCAAGAUUCUGGUCAAAGAGGUAAUACUGGAAGAUUUCUGUUCUGAUGGACCUCUCGAAGUCUUGGAGAUUCGGGUGGAAAGUACAUCUGUGGCAGCAGUGUGUGGACUGCAUCAUGCCAUUCUAAGGCGCCUUCAGGUCUUGUUCAGAGACUCGGCUUUGAAAUGUGGUCAUACAAAACAGCUAAAGGCACAGAGCUUGUUUGAAGCCGUACGGCAUGUUGAGAUUUUUUUCUAUUGCCAGUCUCUUUUUAAAGACCUUCAGGAUGCUCAGAAUCAAGCAGCUCUUAGUGGCACAAUGAAGAUGAAAAAGAACUCUGAGAUCCUGUUCCGCAUUUUUUUGCAGCUGAGGGCAAAUCCGUUGGUCAUUCUCUGA